CUCCAAGGAAGGUUUCAUUAGUUCAGCAUCCAGAGCCAUUUGAAGGUAUUUGCCAGUAGCUUUUUCUUUUCUCUUUUCCUUUUCCCGCCGUACUACCGGACUUCUUCUCAAUCAGGCAUUCUCUUAAGUCCCCGUUUGAGAAUCCGCGCGGAGGGGGGAGUAUUCCUUUUACACUGUUUUUGACUUCGCUGAGGUCGUGCGGUCGUGAGCUGGACUUUAUUUCCGACUGUUUCAAUCCGACUCUUAUAUUAUUGACUGGUACUGGUCGUGAAGUCUUACCCCGGGCACGAUGGACUCUCGGCCCGGCAGCUACCAGACAAGUGUCUUUCGAGCGCAGCCGACCGAGGGAGUCCAACGGAAGAUCCAAAAGCGCAAUCGUCCUCCCGUAUCUUGUCUACUAUGCCGGACACGCAAGGUGAAAUGUGACCGCCAACAGCCCUGUGAGAGGUGCGUCAAAAGCGGCGAGGCCAAUUUUUGCGAAUAUGCGCCUCGUGCCUCUCGCAAGGCUCGCACGGAUUCGCGGCCGCAGGCAGAUGUCCGGGCCAGACAUGAACCUAUGUCUCGCCCCGUCCUGCAGGUCCGUCUCCAGAAACUUGAGGAAAUGGUCAAUAACCUGGUCUACACCACGCGCAACCGAGAGCCUACUCUCGAUACCCCAUCAAGUUCAGACCAGCGAACGGAGACCACGGAGACUCGUUCUGACUUGAGCUCACCACCGAGUUUGGCGGCGUCCGGAUCAGGAGGUCCGCUUCUCCCGACUACGCUUGGCGAGCAUAGUUAUGUCGGCGCUACUCACUGGGCUUCAAUUCUUGAUAGUAUCCACGAUAUCCAAGGCAUUCUCCGAACUGAGACGGAUGAGCCUCCUACUCCCUCGCCUCCACCGUUGAAGGACACGACGGAUAGCACGGAUAUUCUCUUCGGCAAGUUAGUACCCAUAACUCUCUCGCAGGCUGUUACGCGAUUGCCACCCAAGUCCAAGACAGAUGCACUCAUCUUGGUUUACUUCCGCCACAAGUUUAUGACUGCCCCGUACAUUCAUACCACAAAAUUUCAACGAGAGUACGAUGCUUUCUGGGACGAUCCGUCUUCUACUAGCUUGUUGUGGCUGAGCUGCCUUGCUUCUAUGCUAUGGGUCGCUGCUUCGAUAACCAUCAUGAGAGGCGAAAGCGAUGAAUCGGUAGCAACGCUCCCGGACAAGCUGAGGGUACUAUCAACCGAGUGUCUCGUAUCGGGGGAUUACCUAUCUGCUGGGCCUUAUUCUAUUGAAGCACUCCUAUUGCAUAGCUAUACGGAAUUGCAAAGAAACAGGGAAAUUGACUGUAGCUUGUGGGCCAAAUUCGGACUUGUCGCCCGGCUUGCUCAACGUAUGGGGUAUCAUAGAGAUCCCAAAUACCUUUCCAACAUCACGCCUUUUGAGGGCGAACUCCGUAGGCGAGCGUUCUUUUUCAUUGAGGUGUUUGAUGUCCUCUUCUCGUUUCAGCUAGGCAUGCCCCCGAUCAUCCGUGACGACGAGUGUGAUACCGAAUCGCCUAGCAAUCUAUUUGAUUCCGACUUUGACGAGAAUGUUAUGACUCUACCUCCAUCGCGACCGGCUACUGAGCCCACUUCUACUUUGUAUUUAUGUCACAAAUCAAAGCUGUGCCGAUUACUACGUCGGGUGAUUCGCUUUGCACUAUCAAUCCAUCCUCCUCCAUACGAAGAAGUUUGCAAGUUGGAUGAUGAACUCCAUCAGUACCGCGAGCACGUCCCCCCUUCAUUACAAAUAAAACCGAUACGCUCAUAUAGCUUCACGGACCAGACCUAUGACAUCAUGCAUAGACUUAUGUUGGAAUUGAUGUACCUCAAGAGCCUUUGCGUUCUACAUCGCCCAUAUCUUAAUCGCGAAAAGGAUAACCCCGUAUAUGAUCGGUCACGGAAUACGUGUCGAGAUGCGGCUCUUAGGAUCCUUGACCUACACGCCGAGUAUGAGGAGGAGAGCAGACCUGGUGGCCGAAUAUAUGAGGAUAAAUAUAUGCUUUCAGCCCUGACACUCCACGACUUUUUAAUUGCGUCGAUGAUAUUAUGUCUGGAUCUUACGGAGAAUCUACCGAGCAGCCCAGCGGACCGAUCGAGAAAACUGAAGGCUCUAGGGACGUCUUACAAGAUGUGGGCUGAGAGAAGGCAAACCUCCAGGGAUGCAGCACAUGCCACCCGGGUUGUGGGUGCCAUCCUCCGGAAAGUAUCAAUGCAGGAUUCUGCAGUUACUCGCUCGCCGCCGCCGCCACCGCCAAGGCCAGAAGUCCGGGACGGUUCGCUAGCUAGCUUGCUAAAUAAUGAUGUUCAGCCAGCUCCAGCGCCGUCACCCCCGUUCGAUCAUAUAAUACCAUCUUUUGAUUUCUCCUUAGACUUUGCUAAUGAUGCGCCGCUUGAUAUUGUUUUCAAUGGCAACAACACAAUUGACUGGAGCGCAAUCGACCAGUUCCUACUAGACAGGGACGACGGCGGAUUUAAACCUGUGCCUUAGACAUCGACUCGGGGAGCGCUGUUACUACUAUCCAGAUUUAUACUAGAUAAUACCUAGAAUUUCAUCGGCGACGGAAUCACGAACUAUACGCUAACCUACCUACCUAAUGGGAUAACACAAAACUACCUAGUCCCCGGAUGUUGUAAGAGGCGGAUGAGAUUUCGCGACUAUGUACUUGUUGUCUAUUGCCGUAUAGAUAUUUGUUUUGUUUUCUUGCGACGUCUACUCUAUAUAGAUACCUAAGCUGGGCCUUCGAAGGCGACUUAUUGUAAUGCAUUCAUCGAGGGCGUCCGGGCGCCUAGUUAGCAAAAGAAACAGGGUUGUCAUUCAAAUAGCGAAUGAUUUUAUAAAGAUUUAUUUUUUUGCUUCCCGAGUGUUGAUUGUCUUAUGUCGUGAGGGGUAGUGUCUCGCGCUCCCCGUCUGGUGGUCCAGGGGUUAGUGCCAGGUAUCGUAAUGCUGGUUCUAGCUUAUAUUUGGUGGACAGUUCAUCUGGUCUAUAGAAGAAUGGGCUAGAAAGACUCUACUUGAGCCGGGGGAUCCCAAGAUUACCUGCUAGUGUUGGUCGGAUAGCUGUUAUAAUAUAAAAUACUAACAGUUGGGGUGGACUGCCAUACAACAUACAUUUAUAUGCUAUGGUUGACAUGUGUGCGAAUGUGUAUCAAUAAAGCGUGUAUGUAUAAUAUACGUAUAACCUACGAGAGGGAUUUUGCUAUUAUGUUCUUUAUUUGUGUAGCAAGA